AUGGCGUUCCAUCAGUUGCUAACAUUUGUCUUGAUUUCUGUCCUUGUUUCACUGUCACUUUCCGACGACAUUCCUCCGAACAUAAAAACAUGGUGCAGCCAAACACCCUAUCCCCAAUACUGCGAGGACUACAUGGCUCACGACUCUCGUUCUUCCGGCCUCAAAAGUCACUCAGAUUUCAAGAAAUUGGCAAUGCAAAUUACCUUGGACCAAGCAAUCCAAGCUAAAAGCAAUAACAGGUUGCAUGAGCCCAAGUUCAGCAAUGGGCGUGAGAAGGCUGCAUGGGCAGACUGCACUGAGCUCUACCAGAACACCAUAGCUCGACUCAAUCUCACUGUCAACCCUUGUGCCAUGUGCACUGAUUAUGAUGUGCAGACAUGGCUGAGCACGGCUCUCACCAACCUCGAGACAUGCCGCACCAGUGUCAUGGAGCUUGGUGUCUCGGACAACAUCUUCUCUCUUGUGUCAAAUAAUGUCUCCAAUUUAAUUAUCAACGCCCUUGCAAUCAACAAGCCACCGCCCAAGGAAGAAACAUUUGACGAUGGCUUCCCUACUUGGGCAUCGCCCAGAGAUCGAAAGCUGUUGCAGAUGGAGAGAACUUCUCUGGCUUGGAAGGCAGAUCUUGUGGUGGCACAAGAUGGGUCAGGGAACUUCAAGACUGUUAGUGAGGCAAUCAACGAAGUGGCAAAGUGGAACCCGUCCGGGGUGGGGCCAGGCCGCAGGCAUGUUGUACAUAUGAAGGCAGGGAUAUAUCAGGAGCAUAUGCAGGUUUACACCCCAAAUAUGAUGUUUACCGGUGAUGGCAUAGGAAAGACUGUAAUCACCGGAAGCAUGAGCGUUGGGGGUGGCGCCACCACUUUCAAUUCUGCUACAAUUGCGGUUAUGGGAGAUGGAUUCAUCGCUCGCGACAUCACAUUCCAGAACACUGCCGGACCGCAGAACCACCAAGCAGUGGCGCUUCGUUCGGGGUCGGACGCCUCAGUAUUUUACCGAUGUAGUUUUGAAGGAUAUCAAGACACUCUCUACGUCCACUCUAACAGGCAAUUCUACAAGCAAUGUGAUAUUUACGGUACAGUUGAUUUCAUAUUUGGAAAUGCAGCUGCUGUGCUACAGGACUGUAACAUCUAUGCCAGAAAGCCCAUCGCCGGCACCGUCGUAGUAACAGCACAAGGUCGACUUAACGCCAACCAGUCCACCGGAAUUGUGAUCCAUAAUUCUCGGAUAACAGCCGCUCCGGACCUAAAGCCGGUGCAGAGAUCAGUCGAGACGUACCUUGGAAGGCCAUGGCAGCUGUAUUCUCGAACUGUAAUCCUCAAGACGUUUCUUGAUAGCUUGAUCAAUCCGGCCGGUUGGAUGGAAUGGAAUGGAACUUUUGCUCUGAAUACAUUAUACUAUGGGGAGUUCCAGAACACAGGCCCGGGUUCGUCCACAGCCAACCGAGUGAAAUGGGGUGGCUAUCAUGUCAUAACUAGUGCAGCUGAAGCAUCACAGUUCACCGUAGGAAACUUCAUAGACGGUAAUUCAUGGCUACCAGACACCAAUGUGCCAUUCACCUCCGGCCUUUGAAUGCUCUAACGAGUAACGAGAGCUUUAAUUAGAAACCAAUUACCAGAUUACACAUUAGAGGAAAUCAUCACAACACUAAACGGGGUGGGCUCUACAACAUUAAAGCUUUCCUUCUUUA